AUGAAGACCACUCUCCUCUCCGCACUCCUUCUCCCCCUUCUCUCAUCAUCCGUCUUCGCGGUCGACGACGAUGAUGUGACCUGCCAGACGAAACUCGGCAAGGAGUCAGUCGCAGAUGUCCAGACUGUCACUGUCACCAAGACAGACAGUGUAGCCCCUACAACAACCAACACCAUAAUUCCAACAGUGGUCAAGAAAGCCAAUCAAUGGUCAACAAUCACAGUGUUCUCUACAAAGACCUUUACCGUCACAGGCAAAGGCGGCACCGACACUUUCAGCACUACCACUACGCUGUUCAAGGUGGCCACUGUUGUCGUGACAUCUACUUCUACUAAAACCAGCACAAAGACAGGCACAAGGACUUCAACGUCUACUACUCAGAUUCCAACUACUGCCGGGUUCAAGUUCAUCUCAGACACCGUGAACUCGAGAUCCCUGAAUGCGCAAAAGCGUGACAGAUUGUUCCAGAAGCCUCAUGCUCGUGCAAUAAUCAAGCCAGGAAUAAAGGCUUUCAAAUUCCCUUCAAAAGUUCAGUGCACCAAACUCCUUCCAAAUGCCAACACAAAGGUUGUCCAGAAAACUGGCACUCCAGUUACCAAGACUGUCAAUAGUAUGCAGACAACGACUAUCGUCAAAACAAUCUCUACCACUACAACUCUCAUUCCCAAAGAUGUAUCUGUCACCAAGUCCUUCACCACUUCCAUGAAAGUCACCACCUACUCCACCAAGUGGAAGACAACAACAAAGUCUGCCACCGCCACCAAAACAAAGGUCAUUUCCGGUCCCACCCAGUACGCAGCCUGCAACGAAGCCAACAUGUUUGGCCCCGACUUCAACAGUGCAAGCACAGGCUACUAUGUCACCAACGUUCUCAAUAACGGCCCAGGCAUCCCAUCUGACUUCCAGAUCGUUGCGAAUGGUGCCAGCAGCGCUGAAGAGUGCUGUGUCUCUUGCAUGCAGUUCACUGGCUGCGAGACUUGGAGUUUCCGUGCUGCUAACCGGAACUGUUUCCUUUUGUACCACGCUGGCUCGACGUGCAAGUCACAGAGCAAUCAUCCCAACUACUUCAUGUCUAAGAAGGGCGCUGAUACUGGUGCUGGUUUCGUUGUAGGUAAUGGGAAAUGUGGUUUUACUUAUAGUGGUAACAGCGAUGGCUCGGUGUUUGCUGUUGAUGCUUAA